UCUGUGAGGGAGGGACACGCAGAGCUGUCACAGGCACAGAGGGGGAGGCUGAUCAGCCGGCCAACUUCCACUGGAGUUAGUGAGGAAAGGAAGCAUCCCGGCACAAGGCAUUCCCAAUGCGAGGCUCCCAGGCAGCCGGGGCACGCAGCUGAGCUCCAGCCUGGCACAGGUUGCAUUAAUAAAGAGGAUGCGCAGGACUUUAGCUGGACUCAGGCGACUUGGGGAGGAGGACCCGGCUCUCCGGCAAUAACUACUUUAGCUUUAAUGCCGCAUCUUCACGCGAAGUUUGGGACCGGGAAGCAGGCAAAGUUGUGAAGGAGCCAGCCCGGAAUUGAGAAGCCAUUUAAAUGCCCCUGAGAGGAGGCAGAUAAAAAAGUGGAAGGAGUGCUGGAGGCUAGGAUUCCUGCGCUGGAGAGAGGGCUGUUUAUUCUCUGCGAGCGGCCACCGAGAACAGGUGAAGUGAGCGCAGAGUGGAGGAGGGGGGAAGCCCUCACUUGGAGACACUGGGCUGAUCCUCCAAGGACAAAAGUGCAUCUCAAAGGGGAACCCUACACAGGCUGCGGGGGAGGAGAAGAGGAAGCCCCAAACCUGUGGAUAGCAACUGGCAGGGGGGAAGCAAUGGCCACGGCUGCUUCUAACCCCUACCUCCCCAGCAAUAGCAUCCUGUCUCCCGGCUCCAUCGUGCACUCGGACUCAGGGGGCGGUGGGGGGAUGCAGCCGGGCAGCGCAGCCGUCACCUCGGUGUCAGGAGGCUACCGGGGGGACCCCACGGUGAAGAUGGUGCAGAGCGACUUCAUGCAGGGCGCCAUGGCUGCCAGCAACGGAGGACACAUGCUGAGCCACGCACACCAGUGGGUCACGGCGCUGCCACAUGCGGCGGCAGCGGCGGCGGCAGCAGCUGCAGCGGCGGCGGAGGCAGGCUCGCCCUGGUCUACUAGCCCCGUAGGAAUGACGGGUAGCCCGCAGCACCCUCAGCAGCAGCAGGACGUGAAGGGGGGAGCGGGGAGGGACGAACUGCACCCGGGGGCCGCCCUGCACCACCGGCCGCCUCACCUAGGACCGCAUCAAGGACACCCGGGAGGCUGGGGGGCAGCGGCCGCUUCUCACAUUCAGUCCAUGACUGGGGGGUCACAACAGCAGCAGCAGCAACAACAACAGCAACAACAGCAAGCCCUGCUUUACUCCCAGUCCGGGGCAUUCACUGUGAACGGUAUGCUGAGCCCACCCCCGGGGAGUCAGAGCCUGGUACACCCGGGACUGGUGAGGGGAGACACACCGGAGCUGGGGGAGCACCCUGGUCAUCAUCAUCAUCACCACCACCAGCAGCAUCAGCAGCACCACCAACAGCAGCAGCACCACACAGGGGUGAACAGCCACGAUCCCCAUUCAGACGAGGACACCCCGACCUCGGAUGACCUGGAACAGUUUGCCAAGCAGUUCAAGCAAAGGAGAAUAAAGCUAGGCUUCACCCAGGCGGACGUGGGCCUGGCCCUAGGCACUCUCUAUGGCAACGUCUUCUCCCAGACCACCAUCUGCAGGUUCGAGGCGCUGCAGCUUAGCUUCAAGAACAUGUGCAAGCUGAAGCCUCUGCUCAACAAGUGGCUGGAGGAGGCCGACUCUUCCACGGGCAGUCCCACCAGCAUUGACAAAAUAGCAGCCCAGGGUAGGAAAAGGAAGAAGAGGACCUCCAUCGAGGUGAGCGUCAAAGGGGCACUGGAGAGCCAUUUCCUCAAAUGCCCCAAGCCAUCGGCUCAGGAGAUCACCAACCUUGCGGACAGUUUGCAACUGGAGAAGGAGGUGGUCAGGGUCUGGUUUUGCAACCGUAGGCAGAAGGAGAAGAGGAUGACCCCACCAGGGAUCCAACAACAGACGCCAGAUGAUGUCUACUCCCAGGUGGGCAACGUGGGGGCUGACACGCCGCCCCCUCACCACGGGAUGCAAACUAGUGUGCAAUGACUGGAGUGGGCACCCAGUAGCAGCUGUCUGACAAGUGAAGCCACGGGAGGAUCUCGCCACACUCAGCCACACUCAUCCAGACUGCUGUUUUUUUUAUAAAUAGAUCUAUAAAUACAUAUGCAGACCUCAUGGUAGGGGAAGAGAAACAUCCACUGAAAGAGGGCAAUUUGAGCAAUCGUCUUGGUACUCUCGUGGCACAUGGGUGGAGAUGCAGAAUGCACCAAAAACUGCAGAUGUCCCUUUUUAAUAUAUAUAUUCUAUUUUUAAUAUUGUUUUUAUUUGCCUUAUGACUUCCACCCAGUUACACAACAAUGGAUAGCCCCACUGCCAUUUUUUUCUUUCGUUAUCCUAUUGCAAUCCACUAUGUUUUACGGAACACAAGACCCACAUACAACAACAAAAACAUUUCUACCAAGAGAAGGGAAUGAUUAGAGGAAAGUGGUUUGUUUGUGUUGCUGCUACCUGGGAGUCUUUUCUAUCAUGGCUUCUAAUCACAGAUAAAAAAAAAAAGCUAACAAGAGGACAGAACUAUGCUCCUAUUUCCAGCCAAGCAACCGAAAUUGAAAUAGCACUAAAAAAAACUGUAAAAAAGGAGAUAGGUUCACCCAUACUGGGAAAAAAUAGUAAGCAGGGUACAAACAACAUAAGGCAGAGAAUAAAUUCCUGAUUCUAAGACUUUGUCCUCCUCACCAGCCAUUAAGAAGGAAAAUGGAUCAUUUUAAGAUGUCAACGGAAUUUUUUCUGCUCUUUGUACCUUCAUUUUUUUUUUAAAUAAAUAACAUCCCUGUUUUUUAAUAUAUUAUUUUGACUGCUUCCCAAUUUUAAAAAAGGAUUGGAGGAAAUAAAAUCAAAAUUAGAAGAAAAACAAAAAAAACAUUCUGGACAUCUGAAGCUGCACUUACCGUUACUUCUCCUCACCUAAACACGUUGCCAACCAUGAAUGGGUGCUGAGGGUGACAAUAUAUAAUACUGCUAAUUUCCGAGCAGUGUUUUUUUGGUAGGUUUUAAUAAAAAAAAACUUUAAAAAUAUGACGUUAAAAAUGUUAGAUCUGUUACUGAUCUAAAAAAUUGCUUUAUAUUUUCAUCAAAUGACUCCUUUUAAUAUUUUAUUCAGAAUACCUAUGAACUGCUGCAAAACGGUAAUUUAUUUUUUUCCCCAAGAAUCUUGUAUUAAGUGUGUUUUUUUAUUAAUUUUGUUUGAGAUUUUUUUCUUUGUUUUUGUUUUCUGUUUUCAACGAGCACAAAUCAAAAUUGAAAAGAUGUAUGGACAGUUAGGUUCCAGUGGUCUCUUUUGAUGUGAUCAUUUUGAUUGUAAUUUAAUUUUUAGUAGUGGUUCCGUAAGAGAUGAUUGAGACAAUAAAUUUGUUAGAAUUGCAA